ACCAACGGGUAGGAGAAUCCAUGCCCAGAUUUGAAUUUAAACUAUGAAAGCGCACAUUCAAAAUUUUCCUAUUUAGAAUUUCAACAUCGUCUUCUCAUCUCCUCUGUUGCUCAAAAAUCUCAAAUUGUCAUGGCCACUCAACCAGAAAAGCUCUGCGUCACACCAACUCAGCGCCAAACCUUUUCAACCCCGGCCAAAUAUCGCCACCAAUCCAUCUCAAUUGCGCAGGUCAGAGUGAUCGUACGACUUCGUCCCUUUCUCCCUCAUGAAAUUUCUUCCAGAAAUGGACGCCCCAUCUCCUGCGUUUCUCUCCAAGAAUCGGAAGCCUCUUCCUCAAAUGAAGUCACCGUUCUUCUCAAAGAUCAAGAAACCAGUCGAAAUGAGUGCUUCAAUUUGGAUGGUUUUUUCGGGCAAGACUACAACAAUGUGGGUCAGAUUUUCGACAGGGAAGUGAGGCCUUUGAUUCCGGCAAUAUUUCAGGGAUACAACGCCACCAUCUUUGCUUACGGCGCCACCGGCAGCGGAAAAACCUAUACUAUGCAGGGGAGUGAUUUGCUGCCUGGUGUAAUGCAUCUUGCGGUUGCGAGCAUCUUGUCCGACUGCAAGUGCACGGGAAGUAGCGUUGCAGUAUCGUACUACGAGAUAUACUUGGACAGAUGUUAUGAUCUGUUAGAUCCUAAAGAAAAGGAGAUCAUGGUUUUGGAUGACAAGGAUGGACAGAUGCAUCUCAAGGGGCUGGCUCAAAUGGAAGUCGAUUCAACCAGCAAGUUUCAUGAGAUUUUCAACUCUGCACUCCAAAGGCGGAAGGUUGUUUGCACGGAUCUGAAUGAUGCAUCGAGCCGUAGCCAUGGCGUGCUAGUGAUUACUGUAUCCACCCCUUGUCAUGAAUCAACCAAAAAAAGUGUCACUGGCAAACUUAACCUCAUUGAUUUAGCAGGUAAUGAAGACAACAGGAGAAUUUGCAAUGAAGGAAUUCGACUUCAAGAGAGCACUAAGAUCAACCAAUCUCUUUUUGCACUAUCGAACGUGAUAUAUGCACUUAAUAACAGCAAGCAGAGAGUACCAUACAGAGACAGCAAAUUGACACGCAUAUUACAGGAUUCUCUCGGAGGAACAAGCCACGCCCUUAUGGUGGCUUGUCUGAAUCCAGGAGAGUACCAAGAAUGUGUUCAUACAGUUAGCUUGGCAGCACGGUCUCGCCAAGUUUCCAAUUUUGUAUGCCCUGCUCAUAAAAAAGCAGACUCAAACAUGAAAGUUGACAUGGCGGCAAAGCUCCAGGCAUGGCUAGAAUCCAAAGGCAAAAUGAAAGGUGGUCGGAAAAUAUUCAAUUCUCCAUUUUACAGUAGAAGUCCUUGUUCGGUGAAACCUGUGAGGAAGUUCAGUACUUUUACACCAUCAACUAAAGCUGUCAGAAACAACGAACUAGUUCUGGAUUCAAAAGAGCGGAGUUCAUGUAAAACAGGAAAAAAACUAUUUCAGGGUGGAGUUUACACUGACUAUAAAAGAGAGGUUGAAAACCUUUCUGCUGCAGAAACUAACCAAGACAAGCUUUCUGUCCCAGUUUCUGUGGAUGCAUCAAAAUCAAAUCCUGCUGAUGAACAUGUUAAGGAAACAACAACAAACAAAAGUGUCGAUGCCAGUGGCCAGUUACAGGAAAAUGAGAAAAUCGAAGCACUUGAGAAGCCCUAUAGGAAGGUCCUCUCGCCAAUUCACUCCAACAUUGAGAGAUCCCAUUUUGUUUCUUCGGAUCCAAAGACUCCUACAUUACGUGCAGUAACAUGUAAUAGAGAAAAUAGCAUCCAUGAGUAUGGUACCCCACUUGAUAAAAUUACUUCUCGGAGCUCCAGCUUGAAGACUUCUCUUCUCCAAGAUUACAUAGAAUUCUUGAAUACGGCAAGCAGUGAGGAGCUAAUGGAGCUAAAGGGCAUUGGGCAAAAGAUGGCUAAUUACAUCAUUGAGCUGAGGGAAACAAGUCCUUUAAAAUCUCUCGGCGACCUGGAGAAGAUAGGCCUUUCCUCAAAGCAGGUGCAUAACAUGUUUGGAAGGGCUGCAAGAGGACUUCUUGAGAAUUUCAUACACAACUCCUAGGAUCAAAGGUGCAAAGGCAACAGAAAUUUGAGCCUGUGUUGAUUUUAGGUGCUGCAUUUGCUGUUGAGCUUGUUCUUGCUGUGUGUUACAGAAUUUGAGUGUUUAGAUACGUUUGUCCAUGUAUUAACUAGGAAUUUAGCUGUCACGUUACUAUAGUGACAAAGUAAUCUUAUUUUUCUUCUCUUA